GGAAAGAACACAUUGAAUUCAAAUCCAAAUCAAAGACUAAUUGCAGAGAGAGCAAUCUCACCACAUUCUUAAGAAAAGCAAACAACUUAAUUGCAGAGAGAGCAAUCUCAUGGAGAAUAUGGAACUCCAUCAACUGAUAAAGGUAAAAGUAGAAGGUGAGGAGAAUAGGAGGGAUGAAACAAGUAGAUUAAAUGAUGAUAUUCUGAUCAGAAUACUGGGUUUUCUCAGCUUUAAAGAAGCAGUAAGAAGCAGCGCUAUUUCACGCAGAUGGCAGCAUCUUUGGAAGUAUUUUUCAGGUUGUUUAAGCUUCAAGCAAACCAAGCCUAGACUUGCUUCCUGGAACUUGAAUGUUCGGACUCGGGCGGAAAUUGCCGAAACGUGUGAGUUUAUAGAGUGGGUCAAUAAAUAUCUAAACUCAAAUCAAGCUUCAACCAUUGACGAAUUUAGAAUUGAUAAUUUUGAUUUAGAUAAAGAUUCCAAAGCUUAUGUGGAUGAAUGGGUUGGGAUUGCAUUGCAAAAGAAGACUAAAAAGCUUCAACUCAACUUUGGACCAGAAUACUAUAGUGACGUACGAUGGAGUAGUGUAGAUGCUAGUAGAGUAGCUGCUAGAUGUUACUGCCUCACUAAAGAAACCUUUUCUUCAGCUUUAUCUGGAAUUCACUUCCUUACUUGUCUGUCUGUCAAAUUUGUUGGGGUUAGCGAUGAGAUGUUGGAGCAUAUUGUUUCGAUUUGUCCCUUACUCGAGAGCUUGGAGCUGGACCAUUCACCACAGCUUACACAUCCUAAAGUUUCAGCUUUGAGGUUGAAACACUUGAACAUAUGUCACUGUGAAUACUUUAUUGAAAGUAUAGAGAUUUAUGCACCCAAUUUGGUUUCAUUUGAUUACACUGGGAAGGAAAUACCAUUGCAUAUAAAGUAUGCCCCCAAACUCAAUCAAGUGUGCUAUGAUGAUGGCUCACGCUCUGCUAUUCAACAUUUAUCAAUCCACCUGGCAAAUUAUCUUCCUCAGCUAGUGACUCUAUCGAUUGGGAUGUCCGUUGUCGGGGUCGUAAACAACUUUCCCAAAUUGACAAGUUUGAAGCACUUGCGGUGUGACGCUCUUACAUCUGAUGGAAAUAGCCUGAGAUGUUUGACAUCGUUGAUAGAGGCAUCCCCUUUCUUGCACAAAUUCGUACUGGAGGUUAGUCAUGGUACUGGUGAGAUUAUUAAGAAGAUUCACCCAAGUGAAGUGCGAGUUAUGUGUAGGAGUGUGAGCGGGCAUCCCCAUGAGUAUAUAAAAGAGGUGGAAAUAGUCGGCUUCUGUGGGAAUAAAGCAGAAGCUGAAAUUCUUACAUAUUUGCUUAAAAAUGCAGUUAUGCUUGAAACGAUUCGUAUAGAAAUUAGUGGUGGCACACCAAAAAAAAACUAUGCAUAUCCUGAGGAGAUCAAGCAAAUGACCAAUUACAUGAUCAAUCACCUCAUCCAAAAUCGAUCCCCACCUCAAUUACUUUUCCUACUUUUAUAGCCUUACCAUACAUGUUUUUCAGAUUGUUAGAACUUUAAACAAACUCUUUGAGUUGGUAAGAUUUUUUAUUUGUUUGGUUUUAUAUCCAAGUUUUUUUCUUUUGAAUAUAGAAAGCAAAUGGAGCUAAGCUAGCCAUGUUUUUCUUUGAGUCAACGCUUGAAGAUUAUGUUAUGUUUAACUAUUAAUUGAUCUGCUGCAUCAUGGCUGUUCUUGUUAACAA